AUGGACUCUGCACUAGAGACCAACGAAGACUUCUAUGUAGUGCUGCUCUCACAGCAACUAGCUGUUAAAGUGCUCCAGAGGUCCGCUCAAGUCAUCAUCUUAGACACACCAGUUGUGACGGUGGCGUUCCAGAAGACCAGGCUGGAGUUGCCUGAGGAGGAGUCUGGAGAAGGGACGGUGUUCCAAGUGUGUGUGGAGGUGCUCUCUCCUGGGAUCCUCGAGAGACCAGUGGACGUCUACCUCACUCUGGAGGAGGGUUCCGCUACUGGCGCAUGCAACGGCUCACCAUUUGUCCAGUGCACUAAUCUCAGUCUCCUGGCUGACUCCAUUGUGGAGGAGGAUGAGAGCUUCAGUGUGAUUCUGGGCUCCUCUGACAAUGGGGUCGGUGUGGACCCCACUCCCCUCACCGUGGUCAUACUGAACAAUGACUUUGCGAAUGUAUCUCUGGAGCUUGCUAAUUACACUGUGGGGGAGGAUGACGGGUACGUGACUGUGUGUGCCUCUCUGGAGGGGGUCUUGGAAAGGAUCAUCAUCGUCAAUAUGACCACCACUGAGGACUCAGCACUUGCCAACAGUGACUACUCUGCUCUCACAGACUACCCUCUUGAGUUCUCCGCAAGUGUGGACACUGCUUGUGUGAAUGUCUCCAUCUUGGAGGAGGACAUCGUUGAGCCUGACCAAGUGUUCCAAAUAUAUCUAGCCAGCUAUGAUCCAGUUAUCCUCACUCCCAAUUCAUCAGCCUCUGUGACCAUUCUGGAUAAUGAUGUGCUAGGUAUUGGUCUCAGCUCAGCAUCAGUGAUGGCUAGUGAGGUGGCAUCUCCUCUCUCUGUUGCCGUAGUGAUUUUAUCUGGCAGUCUGGAACUAGAUGUCACUGUCAGUGUGGCAGCAUUCAGUUGGGUCAAUGACACUGCCACUGAAGAUUUCGACUAUCGGUCAUUGAACAAAACCAUCACCUUCCCUUCUGGGUCAGGGGUGGGCUCCAUGGAAACCUUUGAUGUCAUCAUUAUUAACGACAUCAUUGUAGAAGAAUUGCUUGAAACAUUCACACUGAGGCUGACCACACCCACUGGAGCACCUGUUGCCGUGAUCGAACUGGAGGUGGCCACUGCAUUCAUACAAGAGGACCUUACUGACAUGUUGGACUACAUUGAUAUCUCUACCACCCUCACAUUCUCUUCCGGCACCUCGAGUGCCUGUGUGCAGUUAUCGACCAUUGAUGACAGUACGUACGAAUCUACAGAAGGGUUGAGUGUAGAGCUGGAGUCCACUGACUCCCAAGUCACUGUAGCCACUCCCUCCGUACUCGUCACUAUAGUGGACAAUGAUGAUGUUGUGCUUUCCCUGUCUGCCCCUGAGUCUGUGUGUGAAGGAGGUGGUGUCGUGCAGAUCUGCGUCACCUUGGAGACUGACAUUGAGAGAGAUGUGGAAGCUACCAUAGACCGCUGAUGCAUUCGCAAUUGAUUCUGAAGAUUACCAGAGUAUUACCAUCACCUACUCCUACUCCGCCCCCCUAUCUUCCCCCCUUACCAACUGCACACUAGUGACAAUACUCGACAAUGACAUUAUCGAGCCAUGUGAAGACUUCAGGGCCAACCUUAGCUC